CGCUGGUGUUUCCAUACUCCCACUUCUGCAAAAACUAGCACGUCUUUUCACGUUCGAAUCGAAGUUGUUCCAGUCGCCCCCCUACUUUGAUACUGGACGGUUCUUGUGUAUUAUUUCGCACUCAUUUUUGUUUUGUAAUUUUAUAAUUUUGUUACCAAUAUCAAUCAAAAUCAUGGCAGGCAAGCAGCGUAUUUGCAUUAUUGGAUCAGGAAACUGGGGUUCGGCUAUCGCUAAGAUAGUUGGAGCAAAUGCCGCUAAACUUAAUAACUUUGAAGAUGAAGUUACAAUGUAUGUUUAUGAAGAAAUUAUUAACGGAAAAAAGCUAACUGAAAUUAUUAACGAAACACACGAAAACGUAAAAUAUCUGCCAGGACAUAAACUUCCGGAAAAUGUGAUUGCAGUCCCUGAUGUAGUGAAAGCUGCUAAAGAUGCAGAUAUUUUGAUAUUUGUAAUACCACAUCAAUUUAUAAAUAAAAUAUGUGCUACACUACUUGGGAAAAUUAAACCUACAGCUGUUGGCCUUUCUUUGGUAAAGGGCUUUGAUAAAAAGGAAGGAGGUGGUAUUGAACUUAUUUCACAUAUAAUUUCAAAACAACUUCAUAUACCUGUUUCUGUUUUAAUGGGAGCAAAUUUGGCUUCUGAAGUAGCAGAGGAAAUGUUUUGUGAAACUACUAUUGGUUGCAAGGACAAAAGUAUGGCUCCUAUACUAAGAGAUUUAAUACAAACUUCAUACUUUAGAGUUGUAGUAGUUGAAGAUGUUGAUUCAGUUGAAUGUUGUGGGGCAUUAAAGAAUAUAGUGGCCUGCGGCGCUGGUUUCGUCGAUGGUCUAGGUUUAGGUGACAAUACAAAGGCCGCUGUUAUCAGAUUAGGUCUUAUGGAAAUGAUUAAGUUCGUGGACGUCUUUUUCCCUGGUGGAAAACUUUCUACGUUCUUUGAAAGUUGUGGUGUGGCAGAUUUAAUAACCACUUGCAAUGGUGGUCGUAAUCGUAAAGUCUCUGAAGCUUUUGUAAAAACUGGCAAGAAUAUCGAGGAGUUGGAAAAAGAAAUGUUGAAUGGACAAAAGUUGCAAGGUCCGUUUACUGCGGAAGAGGUAAAUUACAUGUUAAAAUCGAAAAACAUGGAGAACAGGUUUCCUCUUUUCACGGCCGUACAUCGGAUUUGUACUGGUGAGAUAAAGCCUACGGAACUAAUUGAAUGCAUACGCAAUCAUCCAGAGCACAUGAACAACGACGUUAGAGCAUCAAUACGACUACCUACACCAAGAUGCCAUCUGUGAAGAUUAUUUGGAAGAACAUGAAAGAAGAUGUACACGUUAUUUCGAAUUAUUCCUAAAAAAUUGUUUUUUGAUUAUAUAGAUUUUUAUAUGGAUUUUAUAUCAAAUUUAUA